AUGCCCGCAAAAGUCCAGCUCGACAUCAUCGUCGUCGGCGCCGGCCUCGGUGGUCUCGCCGCCGCAAUCGCCCUCCGCCGCGGCGGCCACAACGUCACCAUCCUCGAGCAAGCCGUUGCCCUCGGCGAGGUCGGCGCAGGCAUCCAGAUCCCGCCAAACUCGUCCAGGAUCCUGAUGAAGUGGGGCCUAAAGGAGAAGAUGGAGAACCACGCGGUGAUCCCAAAGGCGCUGAUGCUGCGCGGCUACAAGGACGGCAAGAUCCUGUCGACGCAGAACCUGGUGCCGUACACGCAGGACGUGUACAAGGGGCCCUACUGGCACGUGCACAGGGCCGACUUCCACAACACCAUGGUGCAGGCGGCGCGCGACCUGGGGGUGAAGAUCCAACUCAACUCCUGCGUCACCUCAAUCGACUUCUCCGCGCCCUCUGUGACGCUCAAGACCGGCGCCACCGUCGCCGCAGACCUCAUCAUCGGCGCCGACGGGCUCAAGUCGCGCUGCCGCGAAGAGAUGAUGGGGCGCGCCGACCCCCCGCACCUCACGGGCGACCUGGCCUACCGCAUCAUCGUCAAAGCCGACGAGAUGCGCAAGGACCCGGACCUGCGCGAGCUCACCGAGGACCCCGCCAUCAACUUCUGGAUGGGCCCCGACGCGCACGCCGCCUGCUACCUCCUCAAGGGCGGCGGGCUCUACAACAUUGUGCUCCUGUGCCCGGACAACAUGCCCGCCGAUGUCCACAUCAUGACCACCGGGCCGGAGGAGGUGCGCGACUUCUUCAAGACGUGGGACCCGCGGCUGGGGAAGCUGCUCAACAUGGUGCACGAGGUGUCUAAAUGGCGGCUGCAGAACUCGCGCGAGAUGGAGACGUGGCUACACCCGGAGGGGAAGUUUGUGCUCCUUGGCGACGCGUGCCAUGCUACGCUGCCGUACUUGGCGCAGGGGGCGGCGAUGGCCGUGGAGGAUGGCGCGGUGCUGGGCGGGCUGCUGGAGAGGCUUGAGGACCGCGCGCAGCUGAAGGGGUUGCUGGCGGCGUAUGAGAGUCUGAGGAAGAAGAGGACCACGAGGAUCGUGCUGGAGAGUACGCACCAGAGGGAUGUGUUCCAUCUCCCCGAUGGCCCCGUGCAGGAGGCGAGGGACGCGGAGCUGCUGAGGGAUGAGUUGAAGCCCGGGUUCCCGAAUAAGUGGAGGGAUCCGGAGUUUCAGAAGUUCUUGUUUGGGUAUGAUGCGUUUGCGGAGGUGGAGACGGCGUGGGCGAGAUUUAAGAGUGAGGGGAGUGUUAACAGUAUGUUGUAG